CUAGAGCUAGAUAGCGCUGAGCCGCGCAGUCGACGUCUCCGUCGACGGUGCGGAUGUAUUGGGUGGGUGGGCCAUGGUUCAGUCGUGAGUUGCGUUGCAUUGCGUGCGGUCUGAGGCUCCGCUGGCGAUUUGGAAACCCGCCCUAGACCCUGGGAUUUUGUUCUAAGCAGUGCGUCUUCGUUGCCAAAUCGAAGCCCUUUGACAUGGAAAUGCACAAGGAAGCGGAAGCGAACGACAAGUUCAUCGUGAAAUACCGCCAGCAGUACUACGACUUGUCCAAGUUCAUGCACAAGCAUCCGGGGGGUCUGAAUACCCUGAAGGGCCUCAAGAACGCGGACAUGACAGCUCGCUUUUUGAAGAGCCCGCCGCAUUCGGAUGCAGCCAUGUACCUGAUGAAGGAGUACAAGAUCGACCCAGAGGACUCCCCAAAAACCAAGUCAAGCCACAGCGAUGCCGAGCUCCAGGAUAGCAAUGGGGCAGUGAGACAACGGCCUGGGGAAACCGAGGACAAGAACAACAACAACCAGGUGGAUGAGAGCAUGGAGCACUUGGUGGACUGGUCCAAGGCAAUGCUCCCACAGAUCGCCAACAUAACGAAGUGCUACGACGAGUGGGUGCACAAGCCGGUGGACAGACCACUGCGACUAUUCGGUCCUUGGUACUUGGAGAUGUGCACAAAAACGCCGUGGUGGUUGGUGCCCACAUUCUGGAUUCCGGUGAUCAUCAAGUGUGCCUGGGGGGACUUGAUCAGCAGCUGGCAGGAUCGCAGUCAGCUUGCUGUGUUUGCAAUUUACUUUUUGCUCGGUGUGCUACUGUGGUCAUUCCUGGAGUACACACUCCACCGCUGGGUGUUCCACGUAAAGCUGAGCAGCAAGAGCGGCAGUUGGCUAUGCACGUUCCACUUCAUGAUCCACGGACUGCACCACAAGGUGCCCUUCGAUCCGAUGCGGCUGGUGUUCCCGCCUCUGCCCGGAGCACUGCUCGCCACGAUCAUCUACACGCCGCUCAGCCUCGUCCUGUGGCAUCCGCGCGUGGUCCUGUCCGGAGCCUUGGCCGGUUACCUGUGCUACGACAUGAUGCACUACUACCUGCACUACGGGAAUCCCUCCACCCGGGCCUUCGUUCACAUGAAGCGGUACCACUUCCAUCACCACUUCUCGCACCAAACCCUCGGGUACGGCAUCAGCAGUCCCCUCUGGGAUUUCGUCUUCAAGACAAGGAUUCACCUCCGCAAGCUGAGGUACCAACUGCGCUGGUCCUAGCCGCGAAUAAAACGCUAUCGCUAUCACACAGUGCUACUAUAGAACAAAUUGAACUCAGUUUUCAACGCAACGGAGUUGCUGCCGGCACAAAAAAAAAGGGCGAUCGAAAGGACUACAUUCGUUGUCGGAGAGUUUUGUGCGGGCUGAAUACUGAGCAUUAUGAAUAAGAAUAAUUUGUAAGUCUUGUACCUUUUCUAUUUAAUAGGAAUAAACUUCCAUGAUACCAAA